AUGGCAUUGACGAAAACCACCAACUUCAUUCGUCCACAGUUCAUUUCAAGGACUUUGGCUCUGUCCCAGAGCUUGCGUCACGAGAAUCCAUUGGGUUUGCCAAAGGAUAAGAAUGCCCCACAGAUGCCUCGUAUGUCCAGAGGACUACCGGUGAAACAACGUAUUCCUAAUGUGGAUAAGACAAUUCUUGUUGCUUCGGGUAAAGGUGGAGUUGGCAAGUCGACCGUUGCAGUGAACACAGCAUUGGGGCUACAGAAGCUCGGUAAGAACACAGGUAUCCUAGAUGUGGAUAUCUUUGGACCAUCUAUCCCAAAGCUACUCAAAUUGAGUGGCGAACCAAGACUAUCAGAAAGUGGGAAGUUGCUACCCAUGACUAACUAUGGUUUAGCGUCCAUGUCUAUGGGCUACUUAGUUCCUCCAGAGAAUGCCGUGGUAUGGCGAGGACUCAUGGUGAUGAAAGCACUACAGCAAUUGAUGUUUGAAGUGGAAUGGCCUAAGUUGGAUUACUUGGUGGUGGACAUGCCUCCAGGAACAGGCGAUACUCAACUUAGUGUGACACAGCAAUUGAAGGUUGAUGGUGCUGUCAUUGUCUCUACUCCACAGGAUAUUGCAUUGAUUGAUGCUGUGAAAGGUAUGGCAAUGUUCAAUAAGGUUAACACUCCAGUGCUAGGAAUAGUUCAGAAUAUGAGCUACUUUUUAUGUCCUAAUUGCAAGCACGAGUCUCAUGUCUUUGGCACUGAAGGUGCUGCCAAGGAAGCAAAGAAACAAGGCCUUGAUGUAUUGGCCAUCGGACGCUGGUAA